GAGCGCGGCUCUCUGGUUGGUUCGCUGUCCGUGGUACUGAAAACGCGCUCACUGUUCAGCCUGCUGUCCUACGGCGGCCGCUGGACCGCGGCUCGAACGUAUUGGGAGAGCUCCAUGGAAGAGAUGGAAGAGGAGCUCAAAUGCCCGGUGUGCGGCUCCUUCUAUCGGGAACCGCUAAUCCUACCCUGUUCACACAACCUGUGCCAGGCGUGUGCCCGAAACAUCCUGGUGCAGACGCCAGAGACGGAGUCGCCUCAGAGCCGGCGUGCCUCGGGGUCGGCAGGCUCCUCAUCCGACUAUGACUACCUGGACCUGGACAAGAUGAGCCUGUACAGUGAGGCAGACAGCGGCUAUGGCUCAUAUGGCGGCUUUGCCAGUGCGCCCACUACACCAUGUCAGAAGUCACCCAAUGGUGUGCGCGUUUUCCCUCCAACUGUCCCACCGGCAGCACAUCUCCCACCGGCUUCAGCCACUGCCUCGUUGGCACCAGUGCCACGCAAUUCCUGCCUCACUUGCCCGCAGUGCCAUCGCAGCCUAAUUCUGGAUGAGCGGGGUCUGCGUGGCUUCCCCAAGAAUCGCGUCUUGGAAGGUGUCAUUGACCGCUACCAGCAAAGCAAGGCAGCUGCUCUGCGCUGCCAGCUGUGUGAGAAGGCACCCAAGGAGGCCACAGUCAUGUGUGAACAGUGCGACGUCUUCUAUUGUGACCCAUGCCGGCUGCGCUGCCAUCCACCACGGGGCCCCCUGGCUAAGCACCGCCUGGUGCCUCCAGCUCAGGGCCGGGUCAGCCGGAGGCUCAGCCCACGCAAGAUCUCCACUUGCACUGACCAUGAGCUAGAGAAUCACAGCAUGUACUGUGUGCAGUGCAAGAUUCCUGUCUGCUACCAGUGUCUGGAGGAAGGCAAGCAUUCCAGUCAUGAGGUGAAGGCACUGGGCGCCAUGUGGAAACUCCAUAAGAGCCAGCUGUCCCAGGCCCUGAAUGGACUUUCAGACAGAGCCAAAGAAGCCAAAGAAUUCUUGGUACAGCUACGCAACAUGGUACAGCAAAUCCAGGAGAACAGUGUGGAGUUUGAAGCUUGCCUGGUGGCCCAGUGUGAUGCGCUUAUUGAUGCUCUCAACAGACGGAAAGCCCAGCUGUUGUCACGGGUCAACAAAGAACAUGAGCACAAACUGAAGGUGGUACGUGAUCAGAUCUCUCACUGCACAGUGAAGCUGCGCCAGACAACAGGGCUGAUGGAAUACUGCUUGGAGGUCAUCAAAGAGAAUGACCCCAGUGGAUUCUUGCAGAUUUCUGAUGCACUGAUACGAAGAGUGCACCUGACUGAGGAUCAGUGGGGGAAAGGGACACUCUCUCCAAGGAUGACCACAGACUUUGACCUCAACCUUGAUAGUGCCCCUUUGUUGCAGUCCAUCCACCAACUCGACUUCAUGCAGAUGAAAUCUUCCUCCCCAGUGCCAGCCCCCCCAAUCCUUCAACUGGAAGAGUGUUGCACCCAUAACAACAGCGCCACAUUGUCAUGGAAGCAGCCACCUCUGUCCACAGUGCAGGUGGAAGGAUACAUCUUGGAGCUGGAUGAUGGGAAUGGUGGUCAGUUCAGGGAGGUUUACGUUGGGAAGGAGACAAUGUGCACUGUGGAUGGUCUGCACUUCAACAGCACCUACAGUGCUCGAGUCAAAGCUUUCAACAAGACAGGGGUGAGCCUCUACAGCAAGACAUUGGUCCUGCAGACUUCAGAGGACUCCGAACCCGAGGAGCAGGCCCUGACAUUCCCAGUGCCUUUGGAAAGGCUGCCGCUGCGCAGAUCAAGUCCUUUCUCUUCCACCCUUAACCUGCAAAACAGCUUUCCGGGGAGAUCCUACUUUGAGCUAAGAUCCUCGUCCCACCAAAUGAGUUUGCACUCCUCUUUACAAUCUCUGAAUUCGGCCGUGGCUUGGUUUUCGUUUGACCCCACCACUGCUCACUCCGACAUCAUCUUCUCCAAUGACAACCUGACAGUUACCUGCAACAGCUAUGAUGACCGGGUUGUGUUGGGCAAAACUGGCUUCUCCAAGGGGCUCCAUUACUGGGAGUUAUCCAUCGAUCGCUAUGACAACCACCCAGAUCCAGCUUUUGGGGUUGCCCGGAUGGAUGUUCUCAAGGACGUCAUGCUAGGGAAAGAUGACAAGGCUUGGGCCAUGUAUGUGGAUAAUAACCGGAGCUGGUUCAUGCAUAACAACUCACAUACCAACAGGACUGAAGGAGGUAUCACCAAAGGUGCCACUGUAGGCAUCUUGCUUGAUUUGACCAGGAGGACCUUGACCUUCUCCAUCAAUGAAGACCAGCAGGGACCAGUGGCCUUUGAGAACCUGGAGGGUAUAUUCUUUCCUGCUGUCAGUCUCAACCGGAAUGUGCAAGUAACGCUUCACACUGGCCUGCCAGUCCCAGACUUCUACAAUGCACGGGGAUCCUUGCAGUAAGGAGAAAGUGGACGUCCAGUGGCUUUUUCUCAGGACACAUCAAGAGAGCUGCAUUGACGUUCUUCAAGAACUGACCUCAUAAGAGCAAAAAGGAGAAUAUCUGGUCAUCUGGCAACUCCAGAACAGCAAAAACCAAAUUUUAAAAAAAGCAGAGGGGCAGAAACUAGAGAAAAUAAAGGACAAACCAGACUUCGUACCUAAACAAGGUGCAGCAGUUGACACCCCCCCCACCCUUAGUUUCUCCAGCCCCACAUGCUGUGUGUGAGUUAGCUUUGCUAUUUUUGCUUUUUGGUUGAUCACAAAGUUCCUGGAGAGCCUGAGGUGUAACUCUUUCUCUAUUUUCCAGUUUGGUUUUAUUCCUAGUUUGGAUUUUUCCUUUUUCUUGAAUGUGAAUCAGACCUCAUGACAUAGCAGAUGUGGUCAAGCCAUUCUGACUCCCAAGAGAAGGGAUGGCCGUGUCCAUAUUGCUGUGGAUUAAGUUCAAAAAGGGCACACCAAACACUUCUACAGCCUGAUGGCAUGUAACAAUUGCUUUCUCUGAGUCCAAUUAACUUCACCUCCACCAUCUCUUCCUUUGCAGCCUUUCUCAAUGAAGAAUAUCUUCAGAAAGUAUCAGCUUUGAAUUGCCAUGUAGUCAGUGCUGCAGGGACAAGAGAUGAAAAACAUACCACAAUGUAAGCUCUACCCUUGACAUACUUACAUGCAAUGUUGUGAUGCAAGUAUGAAAGGGUGGAGCUUAUGUUGUGACAUCGCAGCACAUAUCUAGUUUUGGCAUCAUUCUGGCUAGCUAUGGAAGCCUAUGUGUGUCUCCCAACAUCAUCAUAAAAAGCUUCUGAGACCAGCACAUACCGUAAGCAAGGGAUCAGCAACAUGAUGGCUGCGGGUACCAUCAAACAUAGUGGCCGCAGGAUCCCAGAAUUAAAUAAGAAAUUAAUUUUUAAAAAAGGCUAAAACUUCACAAGAUUGCCAAAUCUUAUGAGACUUUGGUGUUUCCACCUGAAUGUACAAGUUUUGGAGCAGGAAUGCCCAAAUUUAUGGGGAUCUUCUAAAUUUUUAAUGGUUUCUUUAAAAAUAAGUUUAUAUUGGUGCCCAUGACAGGAAUGACUUGCAGUCUUCUUAUGGACUAUCACUGCUCCUGAGGUUAAAGGUUGGGAAUCACUGUUCUACAUACAAAGCCAUGUAGAAUUAAUAUUUUUGGAAAGUCAGCUUUUCCUUUUUCUAGUCAAAGCAAAGAGAAGGAUGGUCACAUUAUUUCCACAGAAAUGGUAGACAAGCACUUGUGCUGGAACAAAGAGAGCUCACAACAUCUACACACUUACUAAAGGACUUUAUUCUUCACUUUUAAUUCAUGAGCCACUUUUUGGGCACUAUUGUUUUAUAGCCAAGGCAGAUCACCACAAACUGCAGAAUAUGGGAAACUAACAAUUCUAUUUUUGAACAAUAACAGGAAUCUCUAGGGCACAUUUAAUGGGGCUGCCAUGUUUGUUUAUGAUAAAAUCAACAGCAGAGUUACAUCACACUUUUUCUCUUGGAGCUCAGGGUGGCUUAUAUGGGAGUUCUUCCCACUCUUUAUACCCCACAAGCCACUAGGAGAUGGACUGAGCUGAGUAAGUGGAAGCUAAAUGCAAAGUUGGCUAUAAAUUGAAACUAUAACUUGUUUAUCCAGUCAAUUCUCAUCAGAUAUUCUUGAUCCUUUUUUGUUCAAAUAAUCUACUGCAGUUUUUUUUUCCUUUGGUGCAACCCUUGAGAUACUUUGGAAGCAAGUGAGACCUAAACAAUCUAGGAUUCUUAGUUUGUAUCAGUUUUGUCAUAUGAACCAUAUCCAAAGCCAGACUUUCCUAUAUCAUCAUCAUCACCAUCACCACCAUCACAAAUUAACAGAGCCAAAUGCAGUAAAUCCUAGACUACGUUGCAGAAUCAAUAUCUUGCCAUAGAAAUCAAUUGAAGGAUAAUUGGGUGUCAUUCAUA